AUGUCUUCACAAAACCACAAUGAUAAUGCUUCACAUCAACGAGUAGGGUAUAGGAUUGCUGAUCUGACACAUGCUGUCAUCCAAGCUACUUUCCAGAAUCUUGAAAGUAUAAAAGAGAUUUUUUUACAAAAAAAUAUAGAAAUCGAACAGUUUCAUAAAGAUCAACAACAAAGUGAGAAUAGUAGAAAUUUUGAGAGAUCAACUGAAGUAGCUAAUCUGGAACUCUUCGGUCCCCUAUUUAACAAGGCUAUGAAUAUACCUACUCAAUUGAAUACAGAAAUUGAUCAGUUUCAUAAAGAAAUUAAACUUACAAAUUUAAUCAAAAACCAAAAACAAAAAAUAUUUAAUGACUUCUUAAAUAUUCUUCCUGAAAAAGAACUAGUACGGCAAUUAAUUGUUACUUACUUGGAAUAUAAAAAAGGUGAAAAAAAUCGUGCACCAUCGCUAAAACUAAAAAAAGAAUGCUGUAAAAUUGAAGGAGAACUAGAAGGCAAAUUAGGAGAAGAAUUUGUUGAAAAUUUGCAAUUAAUUCUCAAUGAUUGUGAAGAGUUAGUUAGAUGGGAAACAGAAUUGGAUGAGAUACCUGAAGGUAAAGCUUUUUUAAUUAAAGAGCAAAAAAACAUUUUACAGACUACAGAUGAUAGUAAAAAUAGAAGAUUUGUAGAACAACAUAAAGCAAUUCAUAAAGACCAAAUUAGAAGAAGAGACACAAUUAGUGAAAUGAAAAUAUUAGAACUUAGUACUGAAUUAAAAGUCAGAAGAGAAGAAAUGGAAGAAACCAGAAAAAUGAUCAAUGCCGCAAUAAAUAACCGAUUUGAAAUCUCUGGAUGUAGCUUUUUCAAUGUCAGUGGUAAUUUAACUGGCAAUAUUAAUCAAAUCACUUAUCAAAUCCAAUACAAGCUCAUUGAACUUAAACGAAAAUAUCAAGCAUUAGAUUCAACUAACAAACUCCAAUCAGACCAGCAAAAACUAAAAAAAACUAUACUGGUCUUAGCUGCUAAGCGAAUAUUUGCUACUGCUCGAAAAGAUACUAUCGAUAGUUUAAUUACUAUUUAUAAUAAACUUGAUGACUUUGUCAAAAAAUUUGGUAAAUUAGCUACAUUAACUAGAUAUAUUGGUGAUUUAGAAGAAAUUAUCAGUAUUCUUCCAGGUGGAACAAUCUUUGUCAAAUUAUUAGAGAAAGAUACUCUAGCGAUUAUUAAUAUUUUUAAGAAACAUUCUGCUAUUGAACAUGCUCAGAAGUUUGAAGAUUACUUAGUUGAAGAUAAGAAAGCUCUUACUUUGUUGCAAGAAACUUAUCAAUCUUUAGCUAGUUCAAUUCAAGAAAAUCAGACAAGAAUACGUCCUGUUAUUAGUCAAAUACUUAAAUUAAAUCAAAAUCAUUUUAGCCAAUAUGGAAACUUUUUUACUGGAGAAGAUGGAGAACUUUUGCAAAAAGAGGUUGCUGAACUGUUAAACAACUUAGUUAAUCAAA